AUGCACGCCAAACUGUCAAACCUGCUGUUGACGGCAUCAGCUCUGCUGCCGGUCGUCACCGCUGAAGGAUGCCCUUUCGCCAAACGCGAUGGCGGCGUCAGCAGCUCUCUUCCCAAGAGAGAAACCGCCGAGGGCUUCGGAAGAUGCUCGACCAUCAGCAACCAGGCCGGCGGCGGCACUCGCAGCCACGACUGGUGGCCUUGCCAGCUUAGACUUGACGUUCUCCGUCAGUUCCAGGCGGCCACAAACCCGUACGACAGCGACUUUGACUACACGGCUGCUUUCAACUCCCUCGACUAUGAGGCUCUCAAGAAGGAUCUUCACGAUCUGAUGACCGACUCCCAGGAUUGGUGGCCGGCCGACUUUGGCCACUACGGCGGCCUCUUCAUCCGCAUGGCGUGGCAUAGCGCCGGCACUUAUCGCGCCAUCGACGGCCGAGGUGGCGGUGGAAUGGGCCAGCAACGGUUCGCUCCACUCAACUCCUGGCCUGACAACCAGAACCUCGACAAGGCUCGUCGCCUGCUGUGGCCCAUCAAGCAGAAGUACGGAAACAAGAUCUCAUGGGCGGACUUGUAUCUCCUGACCGGCAACGUCGCCCUCGAGUCCAUGGGCUUCAAGCCCGCUGGCUUUGCCGGCGGCCGCCCUGACACCUGGCAGGCCGAUGAGUCCGUCUACUGGGGUGGCGAGACGACCUUCGUCCCCAAGGGCAACGAUGUCCGUUACAACGGCAGCACCAAUAUCAACGAGCGCGCCGACAAGCUCGAGAAGCCUCUGGGUGCCACCCACAUGGGCUUGAUCUACGUCAACCCUGAGGGUCCCGACGGCAGCUCGGACCCCGCCGCCUCGGCCAAGGACAUCCGCGUGGCCUUCGAUCGCAUGGGAAUGAACGAUGAGGAGACCGUCGCUCUCAUUGCCGGUGGACACGCCUUCGGCAAGACGCAUGGCGCCGUCAAGAGUGAAAACAUCGGAAAGGAGCCGGAAGCUGCUGACAUCGGCGAGAUGGGUCUCGGCUGGCACAACAGCGUUGGUGAGGGCAACGGCCCCAACCAGAUGACCAGUGGUCUCGAGGUCGUCUGGACCAAGACCCCUACCAAAUGGUCCAACGGUUACCUCGAAUCCCUCCUGCACAACAAAUGGGUCCUUGUCGAGUCUCCUGCAGGUGCUCACCAAUGGGAGGCUGCGAACGGCACCCUCGACUACCCCGAUCCCUUCGACUCUACCAAGUUCCGCAAGGCGACUAUGCUCACCUCCGACCUGGCUCUCAUCAACGACCCCUCCUACCUGAACAUCUCCAAGCGCUGGCUUGACCACCCGGAAGAGCUCGCUGAUGCCUUCGCCAAGGCUUGGUUCAAGCUCCUCCACCGUGACCUUGGCCCCGUUUCUCGCUACCUCGGCCCUGAGAUCCCCAAGGAGACCUUCGGCUGGCAGGAUCCCCUUCCUGCUCGUGAGGGUGACCUGAUCGAUGAUGCCGACAUCUCCAAGCUCAAGUCCGAUAUCCUCGCUGCCCCCGGCCUUGAUGUCUCCAAGCUUACCUCCGUCGCCUGGGCUUCUGCUUCUACCUACCGCAACUCCGACAAGCGUGGUGGUGCCAACGGUGCUCGCAUUGCUCUCGAGCCCCAGGUCAACUGGGUCUCUAACAACCCUACCCAGCUCAAGGAGGUUCUCGCUGCUUUGAAGAAGAUCCAGGAGGGCUUCAACACCGGCUCUAAGAAGGUUUCCCUCGCUGACUUGAUCGUCCUCGGUGGUGCUGCUGCCGUCGAGAAGGCUGCCAAGGAUGCCGGUGUCGAGGUCACUGUUCCUUUCACCGCUGGUCGCGUCGAUGCCACCCAGGAGCAGACCGACGUCCGCGCCUUCGGCUACCUCGAGCCCCAGGCCGACGGCUUCCGCAACUACGGUCGCGGCACCGCUCGCGCUCGCACCGAGCAGAUCCUCGUCGACAAGGCCGCCCAGCUGACCCUCUCCGCCCCUGAGCUUACCGUCCUCGUCGGUGGUCUCCGCGCCCUGGGUGCCGUCUUCGACGGCUCCAACACCGGCGUCCUGACCUCCACCAAGGGCCAGCUGAACAACAACUUCUUCAUCAGCCUCCUCGACAUCUCCACCGUCUGGGCCAAGAGCGGCGACGACGGCGAGGCCUGGGUCGGCACCGACCGCAAGACCAAGGAGCAGAGGUGGUCCGCCACCCGCGCCGACCUGGUCUUCGGCUCUCACGCCGAGCUCCGUGCCAUCGCUGAGGUGUACGCCAGCUCCGACGCAAAGGAGAAGUUCGUCAAGGACUUCGUCGCUGCUUGGGACAAGGUCAUGAACCUUGACCGCUUCGACCUCAAGGUCAAGAAAUAG